CCUGGAGGAGCAGAGGAUUCUGACCUCACAGCUGGAGGAGGAGAGACGACGCAGAGAGACGGAGCUCCGCCCACAGGACCACUGAGACAGUGAUGGACAGCAGCAGCGAGCAGCUGGCUGGAGGUGAGGACGAGGCGGCCUGCACGUCGGCCUCGGAGGGCCUGGAGGAGGGGGAGGUGGAGGGGGAGACCCUGCUGAUCGUGGAGUCCGAGGACCAGGGCUCAGUGGACCUGUCACAUGACCAGAGCGGAGACUCUCUGACCAGCGACGUGGGCGAGGAGGCCGACGGAGGCUGGGCCUGCGAGGACAUGUCCUUCUACUGCGACCGCUGCCACAAGUGGGUCCCUGCAGCUCAGCUCAGAGCGGAGCAGCCCAGCUACCUGAAAGGAGACAACUUCUUCAAGUUCAUCUGCUGCGACUGCUCCGAGGACGGGAAGGAGAGCUUUGAGAGGAUGAGACUCACCUGGCAGCAGGUGGUCAUGUUGGCCAUGUACAACCUGUCUCUGGAGGGGACGGGCCGUCAGGGCUACUUCAGGUGGAAGGAGGACAUCUGUGCUUUCAUUGGUCGACACUGGAACUUCCUGCUGGGAACAAGGAAGAAGACGUCGACCUGGUGGAGCACGGUGGCCGGCUGCCUGUCGGUCGGCAGUCCCACCUUCUUCCGGUCUGGAGCGCAGGAGUUUGGCGAGCCGGGCUGGUGGAAGCUGGUCCAGAACAGACCUCCAACUCUGCGUCCAGAGGCGGACAAAUCCUCUACCAGGGCCAAAGCCUCCAAACCUGCCCUGGAGCCGAUCAUCACGGUGGAGGGCCUGAGGAAACGUGGAGUCAGAAACCCGGUGGAGAACGCCAUCCAGCUGAAGGAGAAGCGUAGCCGCACACAGGAGGCUAAAGACAUCCGGCGGGCUCAGAAGGAGGCGGUGGGCGGCUACACCGACCGCAGCGCCUCCUCCACGCCGGUCAAACUGGUAGGAGGCCGCGGGGGCGGCGGGCGGCGGGCCGACCUCGUCCUGGAGAAAGGUGAGGUCAUCGAUUUCUCCUCCCUCAGCUCAUCGGACCGAACGCCGCUCACCAGCCCGUCGCCUUCGCCUUCACCGGACUUCUCCGCUCCGGGGACGCCGGCGUCUCAUUCGGCGACGCCCAGUCUGCUGUCGGAGGCCGACCUGAUCCCGGACGCCAUGCCGCCACAGGCGCUGUUCCACGACGACGAGGAGAUGGAGACGGAGGGGAUGAUCGACCCCGGGAUGGAGUACGUCCCGCCUCCUCGCACCAACCUCCUCGCCCGCAAGAAGCUCCCCGCGCCGCCGCACAUCAAACGUGAGGCGGAGAGUGAGGACGAUGACGGCCUGCAGCGCCACGACGACUUUGAGGAGCCGGUGGGACGCGCCGAGUCCGUCUCUCUCGGCGGGGGAGGUGCUGGUGCAGGAGGACCGGAGCGGAGGAGGAUCACUCAUCCUGAGAAAGCAGAUGGAGCCGGCGGCGCCAUCCAGACUCCUCGCUUCACCUCCCUCAGCCUGUAUGAGGAGAGGAUGCUGCUGCGGCGGCUGGACGCCUGCCCGCUGGCCCUGGACGUCACCCCGCAGGCCAACCGCCUCCACAGGAAGCUGCUGGUCCGCCAGGCCAAGAGGCAGAGAGGGCUCCCCCUGCUGGACAUCGACCGGGUGGUCAGCGCCACCCUCAGCCUGGUGGGAGGGAUCUACGGCGGUGGGGACGGGGUGCAGGGUGGAGUCAUGGGGAAGUACUGCACCACCAGUCAGGAGAUGUGUAUUCUCGAUCGCUUCCAGACCAACCUCUCCAGCAGAAGAGGCUUCCAGCAGCAUUCUGUGUCCUUCUGGCGCCGACUGAUGGGAGCAGAGACCAGUUCAGACCAGACCAUCAAGAGUCCAUACACCGCCCGCAUCCUGAAGCCCUACAUCAGGAGGGACUAUGAGUCUCGUCCGGUGAAGCUCCGGUUGUUGGAGGAGAUCAGAUCCCACCCUCACAGGACGGAGACCGACUGGACCCCUGAACCCAGCCCCAUCGACUACUGCUACGUCCGUCCGAACCACAUCCCCUCCGUCAACGCCAUGUGUCACGACAACUUCUGGCCAGGUGUGGACUUGUCGGAGUGCCUCCAGUACCCAGACUUCAGUGUGGUGGUCCUCUAUAAGAAGGUUGUUGUUGGUUUUGGAUUCAUGGUUCCUGACGUGAAGUACAACGAGGCCUACAUCUCCUUCCUGCUGGUCCAUCCUGAGUGGAGGAGAGCCGGCAUCGGCACCUUCAUGAUCUACCACCUGAUCCAGACGUGCAUGGGGAAAGACGUGACUCUGCACGUGUCGGCCAGUAACGCCGCCAUGCUGCUGUACCAGAAGUUUGGUUUCAAGGCGGAGGAGUACAUCCUGGACUUCUACGAUAAGUACUACCCGGUGGACAGCACUGAGUGCCGGCACGCCUUCUUCCUCCGGCUCAGACGCUGAGACACCGACGGGGAUUCAGUCUGCAGCACGAUGCCUGGCUCAAAGGCAGCGGGACAGUAGCUGCUGAAGGGGGGGAGGCAGGUUUCCAGACUGCUGGAGCCCCAAACACUGAAAAUAUAUAAUUGAGCCGUAUUUUUGUGACCUUUGGUGAAAUGUACAACCUAAACGAUAGUUGAGAACAUCUGGACGGUGACGUCGUUCUUCAGGAGAAGAACGCAUCGUCAUCAGUAAAACAAACACCAGAAUGAAGUCUGGUUCCAUUAACGACUGUGUUUCAUCAUCUUUUGUCUCGUGCUUCAGUUUUCUAUUAAAACAAAAUGAAUCCAAUAAUGAAACUUCUCCUUCAAUCACUCUGCAGUUCAUCCAGCAGCUGUGACACUGAUCAGCUGUUAAAAUAAAGAGAUUCAACAUAGAAGUUCAGCUU